AUGCGCAAAAUAUUUCAUUUUUUACAACAGGCUUACCGGAAUUUCCAUUUAAACAAUUUGUUACCAUUUAUUAUACUGAUCUCAUAUACACUGAUUGGAGCUGCUAUUUUCCGUAAGCUCGAAUUGGAGCUUGAUUUACGUGAAAGAGAAUUGUUCCGUAGAAGUUACAACUAUGCUUUUAAUCAGAUAAUAAAACGAAUCUUAGAACUACGAUGUGAUGAUAAUGUGAUUAGACACGACCAAUCUUUACAAGUGAGAUAUGCGGAGGAAGCUGUCAAUUGGUUCCUUGAUUACACAAAUUUGACAGGUAUCAUCCGUGAGCGGAACGCCACUAGUCCCUGGUCAUGGUACGGCUCGAUGUUCUAUGCCGGACAGCUGUACACCACAAUCGGCUAUGGCUUACCGGUAGCGAAAACUCUUGCUGGUCAAAUAGCCAGCAUAUUUUAUAUCAUGUUCGGCAUCCCAAUAUUUUUAAUUAUUCUCAAAGAUGUUGGUCGACUACUCUCUAGAAGUUUCCGUAAAUUCUACAAACGAUCACGGAGUACAGGAAAAAAAUUUGUGGGAGGUAUGAGGAAAAUAAGCAUUACCAUGAAGACAUUGUAUAAUCGUACCUAUUUACCACCUACAACAGGAAGUGACCAUUCAUUAGCUGUGAAAGAAGUUGAUUUAGAUCCAGAAAUUACCACUGUAAUGCAGCAAAGCAGCAGGAAAUUUGCCCAUGAAAAUGCAUUUUCGAUUCCGAUCGCUUUAGCAAUGCUCAUUCUCUGGAUCGGUUUUUCAGCAGCUUUAUUUUGCUUGUAUGAGCCUGAAUGGGGAUACCUCACCUCAGUCUACUUUUUCUUCGUCUCCAUAAGCACGGUUGGCUUGGGCGAUAUAGUUCCAGGUAAUAAAGAUAUGAUGCUCGGUUACUUUCUACUAAUCCUCAUUGGACUUGCCUUGCUAUCAAUGUGCAUUAACCUUAUUCAAGUAGCUCUAGAAAAAAUUCUUGGACAGCUGCUACAGGAGUACAUUGAUGAAAUUGAACGGGUAGCAGCUAUUGCGAAGAACGAAGUCGACUAUGAAUGCAAAAUUUCACCCUUUGAAGUUGGAAUGGCUAGUGGUUUGCUAACAGUUCCUCUGGAUAAACAAUAUAAAGCAAUGCGGAGUUUGCCAACUCGAUUUAAAGAAUGGGUUGCGGAGCGUAUCGCAAAUAAUAUGAUCGAAUCACAACUUGCUGAAAUAAAUUCUGAUAUCGAAUCCGAAUCAGAAAUGUCUAUACCAUUUCAGCACCAAACACAAGAGUAUCAGCAGCAACAAGCACAAACAUGUAGAAUUAGUCCGGGAGAAAUGCAGUUUUCAAGACCAACACUUCGAGGUGGUGAUUUAAUUGAUUACCUAUGGAAACACAUUCCAGCUAUUCGCACUGUACAAGCAUUGGAAAAAGCAAAAUUUUAUACUCCAAAUGAUGAUUUUCAAUCAAUGUUGUUCAGUAAAUUUGUAAGAAAUUCGAAAUUGGAACGCUUCAUGGAUCAAGUUUGUGAACCGAUACCUCGUACACAUCAUGCUACUACACAAACCGAUAUCAUACAUUCUUCAAAUAUUGCUACCUUUGAAGAGGAUAUGCAUUUAUCCCGUGGUUUACGAGAUUCAUCGUCGACUCGAUCAGAUAUCAGUCGCCAAUCUACCAACUCGCUUUUGAAUGCUUUUGAUAUCGAAAGUGUAUUGUCUGAUGCUUUCGGCGAUAUUGAAUUCAGGGAAGCAUGCGCUCUGCUUGCAACCAGUGAUGACUCUACUAGUAUCUGUGCAUCGACUGCUUCUAGUCAAAUAGUAUCGUCCAAAAAAUCAUUUGACUUGUCAUCAAAAUGGAAGCCAAGAUGGAAGCAAAUAUCAAGAAAUUUGAAGGCAAAAUCUUGCCAUGGUACGAUAUCUUCCCAUUCAGGUGAAAGGUCAACGGCAGCCGUAUUACCUCCUCUAUCAAAUAUACAACUUUCCCGAAUUGGUUCACUACCAUCAUCCUUCCAACGUUCAUCGUUGCAGUCGAUUCCUUCAUUGUUUUUACGAAAGCGCGAUGAUCAAUUAUAG